AUGAACAGCGCGACGACAGACCACCCCAAGCCUAACUGGCACGAUGCAUUCCCAGCGCCACGUGCGACAGCACCAACCAUCACACGUGAGGAGGUAUUGCCUGUCCUCAGCUCUGGUGACCUGCUUUUGGUCGAUGUGCGUCGAACAGACUUCGAGGGCGGCACCAUCAAAGGCAGCCUCAAUCUGCCUGCUCACAGCUUCUACAUGAACCGGGCCGUAUUGUUUGAUUUGUGCAAGAGAGCAGGCGUGAAGAAGGUUGCGUUCUAUUGUGGUUCGUCAAAUGGCAGAGGCCCGCGCUGUUCAGGCUGGUUCGCAGACUACAUUGCCGAACAAGACGACAAUCAAUUGCAGUCUUUGACCCUUGAAGGCGGCAUCAAAGGCUGGGUCAAAGCUGGGAAUUUGUACACGCAGCAACUGGAAGGCUUUGAACCCGAGUACUGGAAACAAUUUGCAUAA